CGCAACUUGAAAGAAAUCGAUAAACAAAACGAGAAGAAUCGUUAAAGCCAUUGGAGAUCCGGCAGAUUUUGUUUUUAUUUCAGCUGGUUUAAGGAUCGGCUGUAAACUCCGACCACUGAUGAAAUAUAAAAUCACCUUCAGGUGAACAUUAGCAAUGUAAAGAAGAUAGAAGUAAGAAGAGGAAAAGAAAAAAAUCAAUUACAGUAAGGGGCAGUCGGAACUCCUCCCUGUGUGAGCGAGCGUGUGUGUGAGCGUGUGUGGCGAUGCCGGAGCGACACUACAAGACAAGGAACCAGGACUAUGCUGAGCCUGAAAGGAGAGACCGGGAGAGAGACAGAGACAGAGAGCACAGGAGAGAGAGACGGAAUGAGUCGUACAGGGAGGACAGGAGCACGGUUUACGAUUACGAAGACAGAACGAGGAGCUACAGAAAACCUCAUCAGGAAGAAUUUACACCUUAUGAGUCAACAAGAGAAGAAUCACUUUACAACCUAAAGUAUAUUCCCACAGCCAGAGGCCUUUGCCAGAUAAUGCAGGUUUUGGUGAACUUGCUGAUCAUAAUCUGCGCCGGCGUUCCGUACAGCAACCCGGGUCGAUACCGGGACCUGGCCAGCCUGGGAAGCCUGUACUACUACUACUACGGUGGUGCGCAGGCUUUCACAGCAGCCGAGGCGGCGCAAGUAAACCAGCUUGAUGAUCAGUUCUACAAGCUCAAGGUCCCUCCAUAUAUUUUCAGCAUGGCGUGUGGUGGAGCGCUAAUGGUUUACGCUUUAGUCAUGCUGGCACUCGGAGUGUUCCGCGUACCCUACCGCUACCCCAUCGUGUUGCUGCCCGAGGCCGUGCUGGAUGCACUGAUAAGCCUGGGGUACAUCCCAGCCGUGGCCUUUUACUUCAUUAAGCUCAAUGAGGUGUACAGUAACCAGAUCUGCACACAGAGACAGGCGAUGUACGCGAGCAAAGGCAUCAAGGGUUAUGAGUGCGGUUUGAGCGGAACCGACGUGGCAGGAGGGUUAUUCGCCGUGAUGGGCGUCUUUGUGUUCAUGCUAAGCGCCGUGUUCGCCAUGAGAGCGUUCAGAGCCGUCAGAAGGAUGAAGCAGCAGAGGGAGGCAGAAGAUAACUGAUACUAGACUUCUAAACACCGCUGCUGUAAUUAACACCGCCUCUAGUCCAGGAGCAAGUGUGGAUUAUUACUGGAUCCUGUUACCUGCCAACAUCUUUUCCUACUUAGCUACGCAACAACACUGAUUGAACAGUUCCUUUUAAUGUGAAAGUCAGUGAGUCCCAAAGGUCAUAUAAGGUAAUAUAUGUAAUAAUAUUAUUACCUUAUAGACAAAUAUAUUUUUAAAAAUUUUUUUAAAGGGAUUUUUUUUCAAGGCACAACUUUUAUAUAUGGAUAUAUUUUUCAAUAAAUAUUACUGUCAAUCACUUCUCAGUGUUGUGUUCACUUCAUGUCUGCCGUAUCAAUAUCCAAUUCAUUAUCUCGUGAAGCCGGUUUAUCAGAAUUUCCAUACCUAUAAGCACUAAAUGUGACGGGUACGGUCUUUCUUUUACAGUUACUCACAGCUACGACCACACUUCCAGCUUUUACACUUUCAGUUCGUAUCUCGGUCUG